AUGCGCAAAGCGACCCGAGUCUCGCGAGCCAUUACCAGGCGCCGAUAUAAUCAGUCUUCAUACAGCCAGCUAAUAUCUCGAUCCCGUCUAGGUGACUACUGCGAUGUUUACCUCACGCACGACUCAAUGAGUGUGCGCAAGGCGCACAACUCCGGCCGUAACCAUCUUCGCAAUGUGGUAGAUUACUACCAACGUAAGUGGCAAGCGCUUCCUACCUUGCUGAUCAAGUUUCUCUUCGCGGGAAAUUGCUUUCGGUGUACUGACACCUUGCCUUCAGAGAUCGGCCAGGAGAAAGCGCAAUCGGUCAUCGACUCUAUCACAUCUUCCUACGCCGCAGAGGGCAAAGCGGUGCCGAAUCCCGCAAUGGUGCCGCCUGGUGCACUCCCUCCUCCUCCAUUCGGCUUCCCAGGACAUCCCGGUCAAAUGCCUCCUCCAUUCGGUAUCCCACCCCCCGGCGCUCCAGGUGCCCCAGCAAUGCCACCUUUCCCCCCAGGCGGCCGCGGCAUGCCCUUCCCACCACCUUUCCCCCCAAACGCCUCCGGCACACCUCCCCAAGGCGGAUUCCCACCACCCAUGCCCAAUAUGCCCAACAUGCCCCCCGGAGCAGGAAACCUGCCCCCUCCCCAUCCGGGCGGUUUCCCCAACUUCCCCAUCCCUCCACCAGGUGCCCCCGGUGCAUUCCCUCCACCCAUGCAUUCACAGCAACAUGGGGCUAUGGACUCGCCUGCGCCUAGAGGACCGCGUGGGUCGGACUCGUAUCCCCCUCCGCCUGGGGGCGGCGGCGGUGGCGGCGGCUAUUCACAUGGACGUGGGGAUCGGUGGUAA